AUUAUACAUUUAAUCAUAAUACCGCUGCAUGACAGUUGUUUUCUGAAAAUUCAUUGUUGAACAUACGUAUUUUGCAACUAAACGUUAUUUAUUAAAUAAAUUAAUACUUUAAAUAGUAAAUAAUAUUUUAUAAUUAUAACUAAAUAAUAUUCAAUAAUGUUUCGGAAUCAAUACGAUAGUGAUGUUACAGUUUGGAGUCCACAAGGACGUCUACAUCAAGUAGAAUAUGCAAUGGAAGCUGUAAAAUUAGGAUCAGCUACUGUAGGACUAAAAAAUAAAACUCAUGCAGUUCUUAUUGCUCUGAAAAGAGCUUCUUCCGAGUUAUCUGCUCAUCAAAAGAAAAUAUUCCCCAUAGAUAAACAUAUGGGAAUUUCUAUUUCAGGCUUAACAGCUGACGCUAGGAUGCUAAGUCGAUAUAUGCGAACUGAAUGUUUGAAUUACAAGUAUUCUCACGAUGAUUUAUUACCUGUCAGUCGUUUACUCGCAUCUCUGGGAAAUAAAUUGCAAACAUGUACUCAAAGAUAUGAUAGAAGACCGUAUGGUGUAGGUUUACUUAUUGCUGGGUACGAUGAUCAAGGACCACAUAUUUAUCAAACAUGUCCCUCAUCAAAUUAUUUUGAUUGUAAAGCAAUGGCUAUUGGUGCACGUUCUCAGAGUGCUCGUACAUAUUUGGAAAAACACCUUAAUGAUCUUUUAACGUGUAAUCUCGAUGAACUAAUAAAGCAUGGCCUUCGUGCAUUAAGAGAUACAUUGCCAAAUGAAGUUGAUUUAUCAGUGAAGAAUGUCUCUAUCGCGGUGGUAGGAAAAGGUACAAAUUUCAAAAUAUUUGAUGAAGAUGCAAUUUCGGUAUAUUUAUCUCAAAUUGAAGACGACAAACGUAGUAAACUUGCUGAACCAGAUGUGGAACAAGAUUCCAAACCUCCACAACCUCCACCUUCUGAUGAAGGUCCACAAGAACCACAAGUUACAGUUGCAAUGGAUACAGAUUAAAAAUAAUUUUCCGCAAUAUGACUAGCUCCACCAUCACUUAAAUCUAUUGCAACACAUAAUUUUACAUAAGAAAUACAAACAAUACAAUUUCUAAUAUAUAAAUAAAGGAUACUUAACCAUCUCUAUCUACUGAUGUAAGUACAAUAUAAUCUAAACCCCAUUCUGCUAUUGCAGUUGCUGUGUUUAGUGGUUCUUCUGGAUUUAGUGGUAAUGGUGUUCUUGAUGUUUUUACAGAACAAAAGCGACAACCACGGGUACAUGUAUCGCCCAUUAACUAUAUUAAAUUGUUUUCCACUAUUAUGUUUUUAUAAUAUUACUAAUUAACCUUUUCAAAUAAAAUCCAAAUUGAUAAUAACGCAAUAAA